AUGUCUACCGACACUCGAGGCGUCACCUUUCAGACAACGCAGGGCAACUUUGCCUUUGAGCUCUACUGGGACCAUGCACCCAAGACGUGCGACAACUUCUGGCAGCUGAGCAAGAGAGGUUACUACGACGGUCUCGUCUUCCACCGCAUCAUUGCUGACUUCAUGAUUCAGGGAGGCGAUCCGACGGGGACGGGCAGGGGGGGGAGCAGCAUAUAUGGGGCAAAGUUUGCCGAUGAGAUCAGCCCUGCUCUGCGUUUCACGGGGGCAGGCAUCUUGGCAAUGGCGAAUUCAGGACCCAACACCAAUGGGUCGCAGUUCUUCAUGAGCCUCGCGCCGACGCCGCACCUCGAUCGCAAGCAUACCAUCUUUGGCAGGGUAUUGCAGGGCAUGGAGGUCGUGAGGAGGAUGGGCCUCGUAGCUACUGAUGCCGACGAUAGACCACGAGAAGAGGUCAAGAUCAUCAAGGCAACAGCAACGCAAUGA